AUGGCCCUCAAUUCAUUUUCCGGGAGCACCCCCUCCCAUACACAGUCCUCGCUACCUUCACUGCCUGCACAUCUGCAAUCGGAUACACAUUUAACAUCCCAUUUGGCGAGCAGGUUUCAUGUUUCUUUACCCACAGCGCGUCUGUCAUCGCAGGCCUUGAUAUGCCUGAACACUUAUACCUCCUCAACCAAAGGGCCUGAUGGAGGAAAGGAAGGAAGCGCCAUGGGCGAAGCUGAAGACCUAGCCCGGCGAGCUUUGACUCGUUUAGGAGCCCGUGGCGAGAAUCAGGCGGUUGUUUUCUUAGGUGAAACAGGCUCCGGGAAGACAACGGUUCGCUCGCACCUUUUGUCCUCCCUUCUAUCGUUCUCUUCGACACCACUAUCGACGAAACUAUCAUUAGCCGCCUUUGUGUUCGACAGCCUCACCACUACAAAAUCCGUCACCACCCCGACCGCGUCCAAGGCAGGCUUGUUUUUUGAACUUCAGUACGAUCCAUCGUCGAAUAAUCCAACUUUGAUUGGAGGUAAAAUUCUUGAUCAUCGCUUGGAAAGGAGCCGCAUCACUUCAGUUCCCACGGGUGAACGCAGCAUUCACAUAUUAUAUUAUCUGUUGGCCGGAACCAGUGAAGCAGAGAAGGCUCACCUGGGGCUCGAAACAUCUGGUAUACAUGCCGGAUCAGGGACUAAUCAAAAACGAUGGCGAUACCUUGGCCAUCCAACUCAGCUGAAGGUUGGUAUCAAUGAUGCAGAAGGUUUUCAGCACUUCAAAACAGCCUUGCGGAAACUAGAGUUUCCACGUAGUGAAAUCGCCGAAAUCUGCCAAAUUCUGGCCACCAUUCUUCAUAUUGGUCAACUUGAAUUUGUCACCGGUCAAAACACCACGACAGGUGCGGAGGAAAGUGGUGGUUACUCCCACGAGGGUGGAGAGACGGUUACGAUGGUCAAGAACAAGGAAGUUUUGGAAUGUAUUGCUGCAUUUCUAGGCCUUGGCACGGAGGAUUUGGCUGUGAGCCUCCGCCAUAAGUCGAAAACCAUCCACCGUGAACGUGUAACGGUGAUGCUCGAUCCUCGUGGUGCUCGGCAGAAUGCCGAUGAGCUCGCAAGAACGCUCUACUCUUUGUUAGUGGCCUACGUCAUCGAAAAUAUCAAUCAAAGAAUCUGUGCUGCGGAGGAUAGCGUUGGCAAUACCGUCUCCAUCAUCGAUUUCCCUGGCUUCUCUCAGUCCUCCUACGGCUCCACGCUUGAUCAGCUUCUUAACAAUGCAGCCGUCGAAUCGUUGUAUAACUAUUGUUUACAAAGCUUUUUCUCAAGCAAAGCUGAUCGUCUGGAGAGUGAAGAAGUCAGUGUGCCGGCGACAAGUUACUUUGACAACUCCGAUGCCGUUAGAGGCCUAUUAAAGUCUGGACAUGGCUUGCUUGCUAUUGUCGAUGACCAGACAAGGCGAGGAAAAUCUGACUUGCAAAUGCUCGAGAGCCUAAAGAAACGAUUCGAGAAUAAGAAUCCCGCCAUUUCAGUUGGGGACAGCGAAACUAAGAUGCCCGGGAGCAAUUUUGUCACUCCCAGCACAAGCGCCACGUUUACUGUUAGGCAUUUCGCAGGCGAAAUUGAUUAUCCCGUCAAUGGCUUAAUCGAAGAGAAUGGAGAGGUCAUAUCGGGGGACCUGAUAAAUCUUAUCAGUACUACAAGAAGUGACUUUGUUAGUGAACUUUUCGGGCAGUCCGUUUUGCAGAAAAUUACCCACCCCAAGGAGAAGACCGCCGUGGUCCAGGCGCAAGUGAGCUCAAAGCCAAUGCGCAUGCCCAGUAUGGCGCGCCGUAAGAUUAGUCCACCUUCCAGGCUGAACCCAUUCGGUACUCGGUCCAGCAACGAUGAUGGCGACAGUGACAGUCAUAAUGGAAGCAGUAAGGCCGGUGUCACAUCCCGCAAAAAGACAAACGGCACAGGGUCAGAUUACCAAGGAGCUGCUGGUCAAUUUCUAGCCUCGCUGGAUGUUAUCAAACAGUGUUUAACUGCACCCAAUAUCAAUCCUUAUUUUGUCUUCUGUCUAAAGCCUAAUGAUAGACGAAUCGCCAACCAAUUCGACAGCAAAUGCGUCCGCAUGCAGGUGCAAACAUUUGGAAUUGCUGAGAUCAGCCAACGAUUGCGCAAUGCUGACUUCAGUGUCUUCCUCCCCUUUGCUGAAUUUCUAGGAAUGGCUGAAGCUGAGACAAUUGUGGUUGGAAGUGAUCGUGAAAAAGCCGAGCUCGUACUAGACGAAAGGAAAUGGCCUGGAAACGAAGCACGCGUUGGAAGCACGGGCGUCUUUCUCAGCGAACGAUGUUGGGCCGACAUUGCUAAGCUAGGCGAGCGAGUGCUUCCCACAUAUCAUGCUAAUUUGUCCAAUGAUGGUGAUGGGAUGCUCCAAGGCCAAGGAUACCAUAAUGACUCUAAGGUUCGGCUUGUUAACUCAGGAGAGAACAGCCCAAGUGGCGCGUUUAUUUACGGAGAUGAAACGAAACAGGGAGGCUACUUUGGAAGUCGCGAUGUUGACGGUCGAUCUGACGCUGGUGCAUCAGCUUUCAAUUCCGGGGAUAUGUUCAAAAACUUGGAAACUCGGGAGCAGAUGGCAGAGAAGAGUAAGGAACGGCAAUUGGAAGAAGUCGACAUUGUGCCAGUCUCAAGUAGUCGCAAGCGCUGGCUCUUCAUGGUGUACUCCCUCACAUUCUUCAUUCCCGAUUUCUGCAUCAGACUUUUUGGAAGAAUGAAGAGAAAAGAUGUUCGUUUGGCGUGGCGCGAGAAAUUGGCCAUUAACCUAAUUAUCUGGCUUUCCUGUUGCACCGCAGCGUUUAUCGUUCUUGGGUUUCCACGAGUACUCUGUCCUCGGCAAGACGUCUAUGAUGCAGAUAACCUCUCGUCCCAUAAUGGCAAAGACGGCGAAAAUUCCCUCAUUGCCAUACGCGGUAUUGUGUUUGAUCUCGCCGCCUUCGUUCCUAACCACUACCCGAAGGGUAUCAUAUCUACAACUGCACUGGAUAAAUAUGCUGGAGUCGACGCUACGUCUCUCUUUCCAGUUCAAGUCUCGGCUCUCUGUCAAGGAGUCUCCGGCUCCGUAGAUCCCAGCGUACUGCUCAAUUACACUCCGGUUAAUUCGAGUGCCUCAAGCACUACAAGCAGCACGACAGAUACUAAUGCUCAGUAUCACGAUUUUCGCUACUUUACCAAUGACUAUCGUCCAGAUUGGUUCGCCGAACAAAUGAUCAUGCUCAAGGGCUCUUAUAAGAAAGGCUACGUCGGCUACACUUCGGGUUACAUGAAAAAGCUAGCAGACAAGGACUCUCGUUCUUUGGGUAGCAUAAACGGCAACGUGUAUGACUUCACUGACUACAUUGCGGGAGGUCGCCGCACCCUUGGCCCGAAUGAUACGACUCCAUCUGGUGUGGACACUAAUUUUAUGGACCAGGACAUUGUAGAUAUGUUUUCAGGGAGAUCUGGUCAAGACCUUACCAAGUACUUCAAUGAUCUCAAUAUGGAACCUGCUUUGCGCCAGCGCAUGCAACUAUGCAUGGAUAAUUUGUUUUUCAUUGGCAAAGUGGACACUCGGAAUUCAGUGCAAUGCCAAUUUGCUGAUUACUUCAUCCUUGCUAUCACACUUGUCAUCGCUGCAGUCAUCCUGGCGAGGUUCCUGGCUGCUCUUCAGUUCGGUAGGAAGAAUAUGCCUGAAAACCUGGACAAGUUCAUUAUUUGUCAAGUCCCCGCCUAUACCGAAGACGAAGAGUCUCUCCGUCGUGCCAUGGACUCAAUGGCUCGCAUGAAGUAUGAUGACAAGCGUAAAUUACUCGUUGUCAUAUGUGAUGGCAUGAUCAUUGGACAAGGAAACGAUCGGCCAACACCGAGAAUAGUUUUAGACAUUCUGGGUGUCCCUGACACUGUCGAUCCCGAACCCUUGAGUUUUGAAAGUCUUGGCGAGGGCAUGAAGCAGCAUAAUAUGGGCAAAGUCUACUCCGGUCUCUACGAAGUGCAAGGUCAUAUCGUCCCGUUUUUGGUUGUAGUGAAGGUUGGAAAGCCAUCUGAGGUAUCUCGACCGGGUAACCGUGGCAAGCGAGACUCACAAAUGAUCUUGAUGCGCUUCCUCAAUCGCAUACACUACAAUCUUCCUAUGAGCCCCAUGGAGCUGGAAAUAUAUCAUCAAAUUCGCAACAUCAUCGGCGUCAACCCCACAUUUUAUGAGUUCAUAUUGCAAGUCGACGCCGAUACAGUUGUAGCCCCCGAUUCCGCGACUCGAAUGGUGUCUGCUUUCCUUUCGGACACCCGCAUUCUUGGCCUGUGUGGAGAGACUGCUCUGGGUAAUGCGAAAAAAUCCAUGGUCACUAUGAUUCAGGUCUAUGAAUACUACAUUUCUCACAACCUCACCAAGGCUUUUGAGAGUUUAUUCGGCUCCGUCACUUGCUUGCCCGGUUGUUUCACCAUGUAUCGCAUCAGGUCUGCAGACAGCGGUAAACCACUAUUUGUGAGCAAAGAAAUAGUGGAGCACUAUUCGGAAAUUCGCGUCGACACUCUCCAUAUGAAAAACCUGCUACAUCUAGGUGAAGAUCGUUACCUUACCACGCUUCUCCUCAAAUUUCAUCCGACAUAUAAGACCAAAUUCAACUUUCGAUCCCACGCAUGGACCAUCGCCCCCGAGAGUUGGGCAGUGUUCUUGUCCCAGCGUCGAAGAUGGAUUAACUCCACCGUACACAAUAUGGUUGAACUGGCUCCUAUGGAACAAAUGUGCGGUUUCUGCUGUUUUGGUAUGCGCUUCAUGGUGCUCAUGGAUUUGAUGAGUACGGUUAUCCAACCAGUGACAAUGGCAUACAUUGUUUACCUCAUCGUAUGGAUUUGCAUUGAUACAUCUUACGUACCUAUCACUGCCUUCAUUAUUCUUGGAGCCAUCUAUGGUCUCCAGGCAAUUAUUUUCCUUCUUCGGCGGAAGUGGGAUAUGAUUGGUUGGAUGUUCAUUUACAUUCUUGCAACGCCUGUAUUUUCUCUUGCUUUGCCUCUAUACUCCUUCUGGCAUAUGGACGACUUCAGUUGGGGUAAUACUCGUGUCGUGACAGGUGAAAAGGGCAAGAAGGUUGUCAUUUCCGACGAAGGCAAAUUUGAUCCAGAUUCAAUUCCGAAGAAGAGAUGGGAAGAAUAUCAAGUUGAGCUAUGGGAGGCUCAAUCUCGCGUUGACGACUCCCGCUCCGAGGUAUCAGGCUACUCUUAUGGCACGAAAUCCUAUCACCCAGCUGCUACCGAAUAUGGAUACCCUGCGUCUCGACCAAUGUCACAACUUGAUCUAGCUUCUCGAUAUGAAUCGCGCAUGUCAGUUGCACCGUCUGAGAUGCUAGGUGGCGCCAAUUAUGAGCUGAGUGAUCUCAGUGGUUUGCCAAGCGAUGAUGCUAUCCUCGCAGAGAUCCGGGAGAUUUUGCGCACGGCGGACUUGAUGUCAAUAACGAAGAAGGCUGUUAAGAUCGAGCUUGAAAAACGAUUUGGAGUAAAUCUAGAUGCGAAACGCGCAUAUAUCAGUUCCGCAACCGAAGCAGUUCUCUCAGGUCAACUUUGA